AUGGACAAGUCUUGGAUAACCAAACAUCGGUUAUCUCAAGACUAUAUUAAUGGAGUCAAUGGGUUUUUAGACUUUGCUUUUCUUCACAUGAAGACAGACAUGAUCAAAUGUCCUUGUCAACGUUGCUGCCUUAUUAGAUUCAAGGGUAGGGUCGAGGUUGAGGGUGAUUUAUUCUGUCAUGGUUUUCUUCCAACGUAUACAAAUUGGCAUCUACAUGGUGAAGAAUUAGAGUCAGAUGAGGACACAGUUGGAUUAGAGCCUAAAUCUUCUAUAGAUUAUACUCAAGAGCCUACUAGGAAUCUGCUUGAAGAUGUUUUUCCAAGUCUGAAUAAUAGCUCUGAAGCUGCUAGCCCCGUAGAGGAUCAUCAGAAGCAGAAGGAGACCAUUGAUGAUUUGCUUUCAGAUUGUAAUGAAGUGCUUUAUGAAGGAUGUCAAAGUUUCAGCAAGCUGUCAUUCAUGUUUAAGUUGCAUCACAUCAAGUGUUUGACUAAGAUCAGUGACAAAGGAAUGUCCAUGAUCAUUGACCUCUUGAAAGAAGCAUUUGACCAUGCAAAGCUGCCGGAUUCUUUCAACAGCAUGAAGAUGAUUAUUCGUAAGUUAGGGUUCACUUAUGAGACCAUUUAUGCGUGUCCUAAUGAUUGCAUGCUGUAUUGGGGAGAUGAUGCAUCUAGGCACACAUGCAAAGUUUGUGAAAGUUCUAGAUGGAAGAAGACAAAGACGGCUGCAGUUGUUGUUGAUGAUGAUGGACCUGAAAAGAAGAAGAAAAAGAAGCAACAAGCUGCUAAAGUCCUGAGAUAUUUUCCUUUGAAACCACGUCUACAACGUCUAUUCAUGUCUUCAAAAACGGCUGAAAGUAUGAGGUGGCAUGCUAAUUCUGAGAAUCUAGAUGGCAAGUUAAGACAUCCGAGAGAUGGAAAGGCUUGGAGAACAUUCAAUCAGCAAUUUCCAGACUUCGCAUCAGACCCAAGGAAUGUCAGGCUAGGAUUAGCAACCGAUGGCUUUAAUCCGUUUGGUUCGGUGAGCACAAGCUAUAGUGUAUGGCCGGUGCUUUUAUUCCCUUAUAACCUUUCCUCCGUGGAUGUCAAUGAAGCAAACAUCAACAAUUUUGUCAAUGAUUAUCCCUGGGAAACAGAUGCCUGGGUAAUGAUAUUGACAUAUAUCUACAGCCCUUAUCAAAGAAUUAAAGAGUUAUGGUCUGAUGGAGUUCCAACAUUUGAUGCAUCUUUAAAAGAGACAUUUACAAUGCGUGCGAUUUUGCUAUGGACUAUUAGUGAUUUUCCAGGUUUAGGAAACUUAUCUGGGUGGAACGUACACACUGGAUUAGCUUGUCCAUCUUGCAACUAUGAUGCUAAAGAUCUUCGUUUACGCCAUGGGAAGAAGAAUUGUUACAUGGGACAUAGGCGGUUUCUUCCUGAAAAUCAUGUUUUCCGAAAAGAUAAGCAGCAAUUUGAUGGUCUUAUUGAAACAAGAGAUUCUCCCAUUACACCAUCAGGAAGUGUUAUUCUCCAACAAAUUCAGAAUGUGGAUGUUACUUUGGGGAAGAAGAUAGAUGCUGCUGGAAAAAGGCGCCGGGAAGAUGUAAUUUCAAUGGAGAAAGAGAAGCAUUUUUUUUGUUACCUUAUUGGAAGCAUCUUCUCUUGCGUCACAAUCUGGAUGUGA